CCCUGCUCCUCGGACAAUGGCUGCGGCGCGAGCGUUCCCAACCAUCAAGGCCGUCAGGUCCUAUGUGAUCGGAGGCGUCGGGUCAGGCGGUGAUUACCACAAUGUGGAAGGGGGUCAUUGGCUGAUCGACUCGCCCAUUUCCACGCCGUGCUCCCGAUGGGAGAAGUACAGGGCAUCUCGGACGAGCUGGGGCAUCAACGUGCUGGGCUCGUUCUUUGUCGAGAUUGAGGCGACCGAUGGCACCGUCGGCUUCGCUACCGGCUUUGGCGGUCAGUCAUGCAACCGCCGACAGGCGCCAAUGCCCUACUCGAUCGAUCCCUGCUGACUCGGGCCAGGCCCGCCGGCGUGCUGGCUCGUCCAUCAGCACUUCGAGCGCUUCCUGAUCGGCGCCGACCCGCGGAACACGAACCACCUCUUCGAGCAGAUGUACCGCGCAUCCAUGUUCUACGGGCGAAAGGGCCUCCCCGUCGCCGUCAUCUCCGUCAUCGACCUCGCGCUCUGGGAUCUGGUCGGCAAGAUCCGCGGCGAGCCCGUGUACAAGCUCAUCGGCGGCAACACCAAGGACCGCAUCGACUUCUACUGCACCGGGCCCGAGCCCGCCGCUGCCAAGGCCAUGGGCUUCUGGGGCGCCAAGGUGCCGCUGCCGUACUGCCCCGAGGAGGGCCACGCGGGCCUCAAGAAGAACGUCGAGUUCCUGCGCAAGCACCGCGAGUCGGUCGGGCCCGACUUCCCGCUCAUGGUGGACUGCUACAUGUCGCUGAACGUGCCGUACACGAUCGAGAUCGCCAAGGCGUGCGAGGACCUCAACGUCAACUGGUGGGAGGAGUGCCUCACGCCCGACGACACGGACGGCUUCCAGCAGAUCAAGCGGGCGCACCCGACCCUCAAGUUCACCACGGGCGAGCACGAGUACUCGCGGUACGGCUUCCGCAAGCUGAUCGAGGGCCGCAACCUCGACAUCAUCCAGCCGGACGUCAUGUGGCUCGGCGGCCUGACCGAGCUGCUCAAGGUGGCGGCCAUGGCGGCCGCCUACGACAUCCCCGUGGUGCCGCACGCCAGCGGCCCCUACAGCUACCACUUCGUCAUCAGCCAGCCCAACACGCCGUUCCAGGAGUACCUGGCCAACUCGCCCGACGGCAAGAGCGUGCUGCCCGUCUUCGGCGACCUCUUCCUCGACGAGCCGAUCCCGACGAAGGGCUUCCUGACCACCGCGGACCUGGACAAGCCGGGCUUCGGCCUGACGCUGAACCCCGCGGCGAGGGCCAAACUGAUUCCUGGCGCCGCGUUGUUGACGCUGCCGACGAACUCGCUCAGCCCGCCGAACGGCAAGCCCGAGGAGCCGGCGCCGGCGGAGAACGGGACGAGCGAGGGUGUGACGGAGGGGGUAAAGGAUGUCAGUCUCUCCAGCGCAUGAUCUGCAACAGGAGUAUAGAGCACAUUAGAGUGUCAGGGUUAGUUUUGUCACUUUGUCCGUUAAUCCCAGCAUGUCAACCCCAGCGUGUCAAUCUCAGUGUCGGUCUCCCAGCAUUCUCAGCGCUCCCCCGGCUGCCCCUGACGUCAUCACCCAUUCAGCCCGCUUUCCUGGUUCUUGUCAAGCGCGUUCCGAUUUCUUUUCAUUUUCACACGUCACAACACCACUGGAUACUCCACAUGUCGUUUUCAGCUCUGAAUUUUGUUGCUGUGUUCUCUGUCACAUCUCGCAGUGUGUUCCGAGCCGCGGUUUGCUGCCGGGCUGGCCUGGCGGGGCGGGCCUCGCUGUAAUUUAACCCCGAGGUGCGGGGCAAAAUGCUCCGCCGCAAAGAGCCGUUCAGCCGGGGCGGCGUGGGGAAGAUUUAGUGCGGUUUGUAAGUUGAGUGAAUAUACGCUUCAGCCUAGCAGCGCAGCAGCCGGGAAAUUUGCCAGAAAAACUCCCACGUCAAGCAAGAUCGCGGGCCGCUCCAGCCCACCCCUGCCCCU